GGCCAGAUUCCAAUCGAAGCUCAUCGCUUUCCCUCCUUACUAAUAUAAACGUAUAAACAGCACUUGGGCGCUCAAAGAGUUCACACACUGCUACUAGGCCUUCCUCCAUCAUGCAUCCUUCCGAGUCACAGCCGCUAAAACGCUAUUUCCAGCGUUUCCGAAUCCUCAUCAUAGGAAGAGCGAAUGCAGGAAAAACCACCAUUCUCCAAAGGGUUUGCCAGACACGGGACAACCCAGAAAUAUAUAACAGAGCUGGAAAAAAGAUCGACGUCUCCGUUUUGGCGGCAUCCAGAGAGCGCGGAUUGCAUGAUAUUGAGAAUGAAAUGGUGUUUCGAACCAACCCGGGAUUCGUCUUUCACGAUUCACGCGGGUUUGAGGCAGGAGGACAAUCUGAAUUUGAUAAGGUGAAGGCUUUUAUCGCAAGCCGUUUUAAGGAACGAGCUGUGAAGCAUCGAAUCCAUGCCAUAUGGUACUGCAUUCCCAUGGAUGAGGAUGGCAGGUCGUUCAUGGAAGCCGAGGUCAAAUUUUUCUCUCAAUGUGAUACUGGAAGCAUUCCAGUCAUUGUACUAUUUACUAAGUUUGACGCUCUCUACGACGAUAUAUAUGCAGAGCUAAUAAGCAAGGGAAUAUCGAGGAGUGAUGCUCAAGCACUGGCCCCGCAGCACGCCAGAGAAGCAUUCGCCAACGGGCCGCAACUGACGCUUUUGUACAGCCGUAAUGGCAACCAACAUCCUCCAAAAUGCCACAUAUGCCUUCCUGAUAUGGACAAGGAUGAUGCAGAUUGCACGCCACUCAUCGAAUGCACGGCUGAAACUUUGGACAAUGAGAUGCUCAAACAGUUGUUUGUCUCCACACAGCGGACUAACUUGGAUGUGUGCAUCCGUCAUGCAGUCGAAAGGACACUUGUGCAGGAAGCAGUCUCCGCUCAGACAGUCUUAUCCCGCAUAUUUGGGAAAUUCGAGGAUAGUAAGAUUUUAGAUGCUUUGGAUGUCUGGUUUCCACGGUAUUUAGAAGUACGUCUGUCAAUCAUUCCUGCUGGCGUGCUGACCUAAGCUGUUGUUGAUCUGUUAACAGGGGGUGAGUGAGUUCCUCCGUUGAGCUCAAGCCUCGCUGACCGAACGCAUUGGUGAUCCCUUGACAGUGGGUGAGUGU